UUAUGGGUUUUUUGAGUUUUUUCGACUUCUGGCAGUUUUCAAUUUUUAGGGCUUUUUUAACGAUGAGUUUUUUGUCUAUUACAGUUAGGGUUAUUGCAAGGGUUGGAGUUCUGCUUAUUCGGAAUUCGUCAAUGUGACUCACGCGUUCGGGAAGCCCAAGAAGAGCAAAGACAGAGAAGAACUGGUUGCUACUGAUUCCUUGCACCAGCGUCUGCAAUGGACGAAUUACUGGAAAAUCUUGAUGGAGCUCCUUCGGAUGGCUCUCUCGGACCUGGACCAAGUGGAAAUUUAGGCUCCUCAACAACUAAACCAAAGCGUCGCCGGAAACAAAAGAAAACUGUACAGCAGCUGAGCGGCGAGGUAUCAAUUGCUGAUGGACAAAAUAACCUGGAAGACGAAAUUGAUGACGCUUCCGAACUGCCUCGCCACGAGGGCAGUCAAGAAUCAUCACAUAAGCUUUCAAAGCGUAACAGAAAAGCAAAGAAACCUGCAAGUAUUCGUGGCCGACCGAAGACGCUUAAACAGAAUCAACGGGAAACCGUCGACAAAGAAUCGGGUGCAAUGUACAACUUUGCGUAUCAGCGUCUGACAAAGCGAAAAAACAUAAAAUUUGACUAUGGAAAGAGUUUCGCCUGGUUGAGUUUCUUCAAAGAGGAGGAGAAAGGUGCUUUGAUCAAAGCUUUGCAGGAGCUCGGCCUGGAUGCCAGUCCACAGGCAAUUUACGAGAAUUAUCUGCCAUCAAGAUCUGUUCAAGAUAUUUCGGAGUUUUUGCGCCUUUUGCGGCAAAAUUCCCGUAAAAUUGCACUGUCUUCGGAGUUUGAUCUGGGAUUCGGUGUUUCGGCAAUGGAUGCUGUGAACUGCAGAGAGGCUGUCAUACGAGCGUGCAGCAAAAAGGAGUCAGCGGAAUCUGAAAAAAUUUUCCCAGAUAUUAAACAGGCCAUAUUGGAAAUCUCUGAAACUCCGGACGUCAGCGGAGAGCCGGUGGAUGACCACACCAUCGAUUUUGAGCGCAUCUAUCGCGUCAUGGCGUGUGCUUUCGAUCCGUCUUCCACGGUUGAUUCUCUACGCACUCUAUGCAAUGGAUAUGAUCUCGGAUUUCUGAUGCAUUUCGUCAGGAACUGUGAUCAAGUGGCCGCCCAGAUAGUGAAGGACAACACCGAUCUCGUUAAAGUCCUCCAGGCUCAUGUGCAGCACGUAUAUAAGCCGAGUAGAAAGGCCAGUGAUGAUGUGGCGCCUUUUGCACCGGCAGUCCCUCCUCAAAGUUGCGGAAACUUAGCGCAUAAAAUUGCCUGUACAGAGGAAUUAAAUCCGCUGCGGUUGCCGCCGGAAGUAUUAAUUGGUCAUGGAAGAAACUCUAAUGGAGACCAUGAUAUCGGUUAUGGAGAAAAUCCAGAAAGAAACGACGAUUUGUCUGACUGCUGACGAUGGUGAUCAUGAUGAUUGAUCUCGGUGUCGUUGCUUGAGGACUAGGAGGCGCCUACGGAUAGGUAAUUGAAAUGUGUUGGUAGAGAUUGCUCUCGGUAGAGAAAGAAUCUCGGUUUUAAUGAAGCUGACUGCAUAUGUGAUUGUGUACUGUUUUAUAUUUUUGAUAUUCAAGCUUCGCUUCAAGAUUCGCUCUAGUAGAACUAUGCAUUUAUGGUAUGUUUUUUAUUGCAAAUCGCGGUCAGCAUUGUUCUGGUGUUUCAUCUACUUGUUCGAAUCGAUUUUCAAAAUUGUUAGAUUGAAUCUGAAUCUGAAAAGCCAUGAACUGUUAUAAAAAUGCCGCGCACUGAUCUUUAAGAUUAGUCGUACGGGAAGCAUAUCGAACCGCACUUAUUGUUAGUUGAAGAGACUACGGAAGUCAGUAAUAUAGCCUUAAAAAUAGUUUGGAUAAAAGGUAGGAAUUGUUCAUCCAUCGGCAGUGUGAGCC